AUGCGCAUAGGCAACGAUGCACUUGUGCUGACCCAGUCAAGGGACAGCCGCAGCAUCGCUCUGCUCUCCCGCUCGCUCAACCACGGCCGGCAGGAGCUGGAGAUCCCCAUCGUGACGUACAAGCGGGUGGUAUCUGGGGGAAGUGGAUCUGCUGGCGCCGGGGGAGGUGGGACUGCUGAGUGGCAGGUGGAUCUGGGCGUGCAUUCAGAGGAGGAGGCGGAGAGGCGCAAGGCAGCAAUCUUUGACUUCUCGCCUCUAGACGAGCGAAGGAUAAACCAGGAGUUCCGCAAGUUGGAGCAGGCAAGUGGCGGCAGCAGCAGCGACUCCCCCCCCACAGGCACGCGCAUCUACGUGCUCAACCUCAAGCGCCUGUCGCGUCCAGAUGCAGCGUACGAGCUCGAGUGGGACGACACCGCCCACGACAUCCUCAUUCGCACCAGACGGCCGCGCUCCCGCCCCAACCAGCUCUGCCAAGACGUGAGUAGAUGGGUCAGUGAGGUGAGGUACAUGCGGCUUCUCUUUGCUGCCUGUGUGUCGAUACCACAGCAGCCCACCAUGCGUACUGACAUGGUGAGUGCAGUGAGCAAGCACCCACCACGACAUUCUCAUCCGCACCAGGCGCCCCCGCUCCCGCCCCAACCAGCUCUGCCAAGACUCGUGUUUCUCCACAACCCCGCCGCCAUCACAGUGCAAGGCAGUGCAGAGCGGACAUUCCCACAAAUCCUGUCUCACCCACCCGCCGUCCCUCUAUCUCCCUUCCCCUUUCCCUUCCUCCCUGCCUUCCAGGUACCAAUAGACUACUCCCUACGAGCCUACCUGCGGGUCAUGUUUCUCCACAACCCCGCCACCAUCACAGUGCAAGGAAGCCCCGUGCAAGGCAGCGUCGACAUCACCCAGAACCUCUCCCAACCGCUCUCCACCACUGGAACCGUCAUGGGGCAGCCGGUGCAAGUGCGCAUGGGCAUGGACGAGGGGGAGAGGGCGUGUGGGCGGUGCGGGUUCUUCCUGUACUGGCACGGGCGGCUGAUAGAGGCGUAUAAGCGGGUGGGGCGGAUGGAGUAUUCGGGAGAUGCUGGGCUGGGGGUGGUGGGCGUGGUGGACACUACUGCCCUCUUCGUGAAGGCGUAUAAGCACGUGGGGCGGCUGGAGUAUUCGGGAGAUGCUGGGCUGGGGGUGGUGGGCGUGGUGGACACCACUGCCCUCUUUGAUGCAGCAGGGGAGCUGGGAGUGCGGAACUGCAAGCAGCGGUUUGAAGAGGGCGAGGAGUAUCAGCGGCUUAAGUACUUCCUGUCCACCCUCUUCAACCACUUCACACUCCUCUUCACCUUCGUCCUUGCAGGAUGCAGCAGGAGAGCUGGGAGUGCUGAACUGCAAGCAGAGUCCCCUCUCCCUACAAGGAACUCAACCUCACCCUCUCCAACCGCUUCACACCCCACUUCACCUUCGUCCUUGCAGGAUGCAGCAGGAGAGCUGGGAGUGCUGAACUGCAAGCAGCGAUUCGCGGAAGGCGAGGAGUAUCAGCGGCUCAAGGACUUCCUGUCGAUCACCUUCAACCAGUACUGGGAAGACAAUUUCGACAAGGACCUGCCCACUGUGAGUUGCCGUGGUUGUUGCCCCACGUCGAACAUACCAGAGGGGGCAGUGCUACAGGAUCACAGGGACUGGGUGCAGUGCGACAAGUGCCAGCAGUGGCAUAUCCUGCCGCCCAGUGUCACCUCUGAAAUGCUGCCAGAAAACUGGUUCUGCUACAUGGACCCCAUACGAGGCAAGUGCAAUGACCCCAACUACGUUGAACCAGCUCCUAACGAGGUCACCCUUGGGAUUUCCAGACACUACAGUAGCUUCCCUGGUGCUGCUUCUCCUGCGUCUGCUGCUGCUGCCGCUGCUUCUGCUGCUGCUUCUGCUGCUGGUGCCGCUGCCGGUGCUGCUGCUGGCGCUGCUGGUACGCUGAAUGCUGAUGGGCGCACCUUGACUGGUGCUGCUUCAGAUGCUGACAGCAACUGCGUCCCUGUUACGACUAGAAGCAGUGCUGCAGCAAGGGCCACAGAAGGAGCUGCUGCAGCCGAAGAAUGGGUGAAGGUGCACAUGGUCCUGCUGCUGGGCCAAGCAGGGUUGGAGCUAGAGAGGCGAGUGGGGGAGUGGGGGCAGGGCGGGCAGGGGAAGGACGAGGGGGAGGGGUCGGGGAGCAAGGCGGAGCAAGAGUGGGGAGAGGAGGUGGGCUGGGAGGAGCCGGAGCAGCAGGCUUGGAUGAAGGCAAGAAGAGGAAGCUAG